GAUAUUUGCCAGACCUGGUGUCAGCCGUAAUCCUGCUUGUCGAGUGUGGUUGCACUGAUAUCUCGGCACAAUCUCAUCUUGCUGUUACUACGGGAUGUGGCUUUCAAACGGCCCGGUGUCCAACAUGCACGCCCUGCACGCGCGACCAAAGCGUCGUCAUACUCAAGCAACACACAGUGCCCAUCUCGCCGUAGUUGCUGAUCAAUUCCUGCGUUCAACACUCUUGCGGCGAACAUGUCGACACAACUGGAUCAAGUCAUUCUGUCUGAGUCCAAUCGAACGCCAAUCGUACAGGUCAUCGUUUGGUUUUGCCUUGUGACGAGUUUCCUAGCUUUCAUCACUCAUGCUGGUAUCAAACUUUACGUUUUCCGGGCGUUAAGGGCGGAGUCAGGAUUUCUUCUUGUGUCUUUGGUGUUUUGCAUCGCACAGUCGAUUGCUGCAUUGUUACAAUGUGGAUAUGGUUUUGGGAAGCCAUCCGUGACCUUGAGCAGUAAUGAUGUUCAGUUGACCCUCAAGGCUGAAUAUGCAGCAACGAUCUUGCUGUUCAUAUCACUCGGGUUUUCGAAGCUAGCUAUCGUGGCAUUCGUGCACAAUCUGACACCCUCAAAACUGCAUCGUAAGAUCAAUUACGGUGUCGGGGCGCUUGCAUGCCUUUGGUUAUUGUGCGCAGUCCUCGUUGCAGUCUUCGAAUGUCGAGUGCCUCGUACAUGGGACAGGUCCCUUGAUCGAUGCCUUGACCGGUUCACCUGGUGGAACGCAAUAUCGAUUUUCAACAUUGUUACAGAAGUUGCGAUAAUUGCACUAGAGCUGGGAAUUACGGCGCAGCUCCGCGUCACACGACAAAGGAAAGCCUCCAUCAUGAGCUUGUUCGCCUGCCGAUUCUUGGUUUUGAUAGCAACUGCGAUCCAGCUAGCCUACUUCCACCAAGAGAAGAACAAUCCAGCAACGAACAACGACUUGACGCUCGGUUUCUGGCGGUCAAUUCUUUGCAACCAGAUAGUACAGUGCCUCGCGAUCGUCACAACAUGUCUACCAUACACCAAGAUAUUCAUGGAGGGAUUCGAGUCCGGGCUGAUCCGAAUUGACGACGGUCGUCGACGAGGAGAUUACGCUUCCAAGGGUUACAGUGGGCGAGAGUAUCAGCUUAUGGAUGUCUCGCGCUCAUCGCAGGCGAGGCGAUCUGCGCCAGACAAGUCUAUCAACGUGUCCAAAAGUUGGGCUGUUUCAGUGGAACCAGCUGGUCGUACGCAAAGCUCAUAGCUUUCAGUCAGUUACGCCAACACGGUCACUUCUUCCGCCGGAGACACAAUUCGUAAGCAGGGGUUGUACGUUGAACCCCAUCCCCCGAGCAUGUAUCCAAUCAUAUGAACUUUUAAUUGUGCACAACAUGC